GCUUCCUCAGAAAGCUGCCCCAUUAAAAAAUAUUCUUGCAACUUACCCUCUUGAGUUAGUGUGCAUAGAUUAUUUGUCUAUUGAACCUGACAGUCGAGACACUAGAAAUGUGUUAGUGAUUACUGACCAUUUUACAAAGUUUGCAGUCGCAGUACCGACAAAAGAUCAAAAGGCAAAGACAAUAGCCAAGGCUCUGUGGGAUCACCUCAUCAUCCCUUAUGGAAUCCCUAGUCGUCUGCUAAGUGACCAAGGCAGAGAUUUCGAGUCUAAGCUUAUAAAGGAGCUCUGCGUAUUGAUUGGGACAAGUAAGAUACGCACCACUCCCUACCAUCCCCGAGGAAACCCGGUGGAGCGGUACAAUCGGACUCUUCUAGACAUGUUGGGCACAUUGGAAGACAAAGACAAGUAUCACUGGAGAGACUUUGUUAGGCCAUUAACACAUGCCUAUAACUGUACAAAAAACGACACAACAGGGUAUUCCCCGUAUGAACUCAUGUUUGGCAGGCAGCCAAGGUUGCCCAUCGAUCUCAUCCUUGGAACUCACCCUGGCAAACCUAGUCCGACGUCAUACUCUAACUACGUUAAAACCCUUCGGCAAAACCUUUCAGAGAGUUACGCCCUUGCCAUUGAACAUUCUAAGAAAAUGAGUGACAAAAACAAGGUGCGUUUUGAUAAAAAGAUCAAAGCUGCUGAAUUGUUUUCAGGCGAUAAAGUUUUAGUACGAAACGUCAACAUCAGAGGGAAGCACAAACUUGCUAACCGUUGGGAACAAAACAUCUAUGUUGUCGUUAAACGGAUCAAAGACAGUCCGGUUUACGUAGUCAGACCAGGAAAUGGAGAUGGCCCGAACCGUACAUUGCACAGAGAUUUGCUUCUCCCCUGCGGUUUCUUACCUGUUGAGGACCAUGCAGGACCAGACAUUCCACCUGGUAAUCAAAGGAAAACAAGAACCAGGAGUAAAGUGAACAAGGCAGAACCAAGUGACCAGGAUGGAGAGUGCAGUAUGGAUGAAAUGAGUGAUGAGGAGGACUUCAGUUUCACUAGAUGGGAGCCGGAAAUCGUUACAAGAGGGCCUUAUGUUCAAACUGGAGGAAAUCCUCCAAGUGCCACCUCAUCUGUUGAUGUUAUUCCACAAAACUCCUUGCCGAAUGCAAAUGCGUGUCCUUCACCUGAAGUGCCUAAUACACGUGGUUCUGAUUCUGGUCAUUUAGACGUCAGCUCCUCAGACCAUGUUAUUAUCGACAUGUCCGAAACUGACCUUGAACCUACCUUGAUUGACACAGACCUCACUUCAGAAAUUGUUGGCGGUACAGACAAUGUUGUUAGUGCUGAAACUAGUGCUACAGAGCCAGUAAGUUUGAGACGUUCGGAAAGAGAACGACGCCCACCUCAGAAGUUGACCUAUGAUGAGUUAGGAGAGCCACUGACUUUGGCCAUUAGCUCAUUUUUUCAAGCGUUGAGUUGCAUUCUCCAAAUGUCACCACAAAAGGGUUCCAGUUGGGUUGAUGUGCAUGAAGGGACUCAUGCGGUCUAGAGGGGGAGGAUGUAACCCAUGGUUAUUUUGUCAGUAUAUAUAUGUAUUUUUUUUUUUAUUUUUCCUAAAUUGCUUGGAAAAAAACAUGUUUUUGUUGAGUGCUGGGUUUUCCCACGGCACUGUGAAUGCAACGCACCUGUUUAGAAGCGUGUCACGGAGCUCCUCCCUGCUCAGAGCUAGCGCGUUUUUCUUUCACGGCGUUUGUCUGCACGGAGCAAGGCAAGAGAUGUUGUGGGAGUUCGGUCGUAUAACUCGUUAAGACAACAGAGUGCUUCUGUUGAAGAAUAUCCUGGCUGGUUUUUUGACACGGCUGCAGAACCUGCUGUUACUGCCUGAGUGUUUUUUUUCUGUGGACUGGACUAGAAGCCACCGGAGGCGUUGAUGCAGGACGUUCCAUAUGUGAAGGCCACCUGGUUCCUUGGAGGGUGGUAGGAUAGAAAAGGAUUUCUCAUCUUGUUCUGUGGAUCCCUACUUUUUUUUUGAGAUCUCAAACAAUUUUUUGUUGCUACUUUCAUUGGGUCAGAUCUGACACCAAACAAAAAAACAAAAAAACAUUUUGAUGCAUCAGAGUUACUGGAGUUCAAUUUAAAUACCAACCCAAGGAAAAGUGACGGACGGUGCACUUGGCUAAAAUGGACUGCCUUAUUUAGGGUACCUGUGGACACUUGUAUAGGAUGGUAUUGCUAUGAAAGAAAUGUGAAAAGUGAACAAACUGAAUUUAAGUUGUCUGUGCAAUUUUCGAUUUUUAUGGAAAUUGUUAAUAUUCUUUUGGCAUAUAAAUGUUUUGAGUUACUCAGUUAA